AUGAAAUUACUGCUAUCUGUCAUCAUACUUUGUGUCUCUUUAGCUGAAAUCUUAUGCGAAGAAGUGGGUCCCAGUGAGGAUCUAAAUCACUGGACAAACAGUAUUCAGACACAGGACCAGUGGUUGGUGUCUGAUCCGUUAUCCGAUGUCCUGAGGAGAAUCACUAGGAAACCUCGCCCUCGUCAGUUUUUCGGUCUAAUGGGAAAGCGUUCGUCUGCAAGUGCACAGAUAACUCGCAAAAGGCAAAAACUCAACUCUUUUGUGGGACUGAUGGGGAAAAGAAGUCAGGAGGUACCAGAUAUGUAUGAAUGGAGCACAAUACAGAACUAUGAUCAACAGCAUUAA